CUGUUUGUUUCCAUUUUGCACAACGUAUUCCUCCUGUACUACGUGGACACCUUUGUCUCUGUUUACAAGAUUGAUAAACUGUCCUUUUGGAUAGGAGAGUGUUUCUGAUCUGGAACAGCCUCAAUGACCCUCUGUUUGGCUGGCUGAGUGACCGAGUGUUCCUUAGCACACAGCAGUAAGUUAAGUUCCACUUCCAGCAGAGUCUGGGAAGUUGUUUAGUCUCUGGGGAAGAUGAUGUGAAAUUAGCAGCUUUAAAAUGAUGGUGUGGGAAUGGUUUCUGGGGCAUGGAACUCUUAAAUACCUCCUUUUCUUGGCAUCUUUGAAGUUCAGUGCUCUUUGCAUGUUAUUUUAGUACCUGGCUAUAUAGAGGAAGUCACACACCUAUUGGGUAGAUGUGACCCUAACCCUUAACAAUCACAUAAGUGGUACAGAACCUAAAAUACAGGCGUCUAAAAUCUCAAGCUCCUGCUAUAUGAGCAAGCCUCUUAGUGGGAUGUUGGAGAAUGUCUGUACAUGGUUUGGGAGACACAAGGAGGAAAAGGACAAUUAUUUCCACCUGGAAUGCCUCUGACCAGUUGUGCCCAAACUCCCUGGAUCAUGGAUCACUGUUGGCCAUUAGCAUUUCUCAUGUGUUUACAUCAGGCUCGUAAUGAAAAUUGUGGUGUGGCUUCCUGCAACUAGUAAAAACUUCAAGUGCUCAUUGAAACAAUUUAUAUUGUGCAAAGCGCAGACAGUGUAGUGCUAUCAGUAAGAGACUUGCUCUGGAGGAAAAAAAAAAAUCCCUUCAUGCUUUUUGGCAGCCUUAAACCCGUAUUUUCAGUGAUUAGCUGAGAAGGUAUCUGGUGUGAGUGCUUGUUACAUAAGCAAAAGCUGUAUUUGUGUCUAUGCCACUUACACAACUUCCUUGGGGAGGGAGAAUACAUGGUCAUGCAGGGUUUUGUCUGGGUGUCUAAAGUUUUUGUCUUCUGUUGCAGGCCAGGAGCAGAGAUUUCCUCCCCAGAAGUAGUUCUGAAGAGGCUCAGAGCGCUAAGCCACAAUGGCCCCCUCUUUGCCAUCUCUUUCCUGGCUUUCUGGGUUGCCUGGGCUCAUCCUGGUUUGCAGUUCCUUCUUUGCCUUUGCAUGUAUGACAGCUUUCUCACCAUGGUCGACCUCCAUCACAAUGCCUUGCUCGCAGACCUGGCUGUUUCAGCAAAAGACAGGACUAGCCUCAACUUCUACUGCUCCCUCUUCAGUGCCAUAGGCUCCCUCUCUGUCUUCAUGUCCUAUGCAGUGUGGAACAAAGAGGACUUCUUUUCCUUUCGCAUAUUUUGCGUCGUGCUGGCCUUCUGCUCCAUCGUUGGUUUUACUCUGUCCACACAGCUGCUCCGCCAGCGGUUUGAGGCUGAUGGGAAAGCAAAAUGGGACCAAGAAUCAACCCUAAAAGAGCUGUACAUUGAGAAACUCUCUGUCCCCCAGGAGAAAAGGAUCACCCUGGCAGAGUAUCUCCAGCAGCUCUCCCGGCAUCGCAACUUCCUUUGGUUUGUCUGCAUGAACCUCGUCCAGGUUUUUCACUGCCACUUUAACAGCAACUUCUUCCCUCUGUUCCUGGAGCACCUGCUGUCAGACCAGAUCUCUGUCUCUACUGGAUCCUUCCUGCUUGGUGUUUCCUACAUUGCCCCCCAUCUCAACAACCUCUACUUCCUGUCCCUCUGCCGCCGCUGUGGAGUUUACGCUGUGGUGCGAGGACUCUUCUUCCUGAAGCUGGUUCUCAGCAUUGUCAUGCUCCUGGCAGGACCUGAUCAGGUGUAUCUGCUCUGCAUCUUCAUUGCCAGCAACCGGGUGUUCACAGAAGGGACCUGUAAGUUGCUCAACCUGGUGGUGACUGACUUGGUGGAUGAGGAUCUAGUCCUGAACCGUAGGAAGCAGGCAGCCUCAGCACUUCUCUUUGGGAUGGUGGCUCUGGUCACCAAGCCAGGCCAGACCUUCGCCCCCCUUAUUGGCACCUGGCUGCUCUGUGCAUACACAGGCUACGACAUCUUCCAGCGCAACCCCUUGAGCAAUGUGGUGAGUGCCCAGCCGAAGCUGGAGUCUGCCGCAGCUUUGGAGCCAACUCUUCGCCAGGGCUGCUUUUACCUUCUCGUCUUCGUACCCAUCACGUGCGCAGUGCUGCAGCUCCUCAGCUGGUCGCAGUUCAGCUUGCAUGGGAAGCGUCUGCAGAUGGUGAAAGCUCAGCGCCAAAGCCUGACGCAAGGCCGAGCACCAGAGGUCAAAAUGAUCUAGGGGUGCCUGAGCCCCUGGGGUGUUGCUGGUUCCAGGCUAGUGCAGGACUGCAGGGUAAGUGCAGGAAUGAUGGGCUGAGAAACCCUGAUGUUUACGGUUCAACUGUGAAAUGCUGUAAUGCCAAUGUUUACUCAUUCCAGGAGGUGGUCGCUGGGGAAGGCAGAGAUGUUCAGCAUGUGAGGGGCCUGGGAUAGAUGGCUUGGCCACAGGAGCGAGAACAUUUUAUCCUAGCCUGUCCUAGGGAGCAGAGGGCUGCCCAUGCCAGGGGGAAGGUGCUGGGUUGCAGUGUGUGGUAGACAGACACGUCCCCAGUGCAGUCCUCUGCCCUGGGGAACCGCAGCCUCUGGCUGAGCAGGAGGGGACCGCACAGGGACUCCUUCCUUGCCAGAGCCCUGCAGCUUUGGGGAGUGGAGUGGGAGGCUCCUGAGGGACCAAGUGACCGAGGGGGCAAUUGCAGGACAGCAGGAGCAGGGAUGAGAGGACCCUGAAGGCCUUUCCCAGUAGUUGGUACAACACCUCCCACAUACAGUGCUGUGGUUCUUGGACCAAAUCCGCUCUUUGGCAUUUCUUAUUCCCAGGACAAUAUCCCGCACAGCCAGGGUCUGCCAGCUCUGCUUGUUUUAUAGUGAGGCUCCCUCCUCUGUGGCCUUGCAGUGGGAGUUGUUGCUGGGCUGGGAAAGGUGCUGAGCUUGAACUGGGCUCGGAGCCUUGAGCUGAAACAUCUCAUCUGGCAUCCUGUUGCCUGUGUUUAUCCCUUCUCUCCCCUCCACAGCCCCUUGCAGUCAGCGCUGUCACACAGCUGUGCCGUGAGCCCUCCCAUGCUGGCUGGGGCUGUGGGGCUGAGGUCAGGGAACCAACCCUUAAGGGAGCCGGUGGAAGUGCCUCCCUGCCCAGGGCAGUCCCUGGUGACCCAGUGAGGCAGCCUGGCGCCUUCCCCUCUUGCAGGGGGAGAGCACAGCCUGGAGGAGACACCAGGUCUUGCUUUUGUGCCUUCGAUUCCUCUUAGAAGCCUGUCUGACACCAUGCUGGGCAGUCACAGGGUUGAGAUUUUACCUUUGUGGGGAGACAGACACCUCAGUUCCUCUCCGCUUGAAACAGUGCCCCAGAGUUUGAUCGUCUCAUCUGGCUGCUGAGCCAUGGAGGAGAGCAGGUGUUUUGGUCUCCCUGGUUCUGGCUAGGAGCAGAUGGGGCAGGUAGUCACCAAAUGGAUCCCUGAGGUGAGGGAGUGUCUUAAUCUCUGCAGUGUGUCCGGGGGCAGGGAGAAGAGAUAUGCCAAGCAGAGCUCUGCCUCUGCAUGCCUGUGGGAGGAAGGAGGGGGGUGCAGGCAGCAUUUGAAGGCUUCUAUGUGCUUAGGGGCGUGCUGAUCUUUUAGUGCCAGGGUCCCUCCAGGGUCUCAGCCCACAAACCUGCCAUCUUGCCUCAGGACAUGGCUGCCUUCUGUCUUGGACCAAGACGUUCCUGCCACAAGGGUUCUAUAGCUCUUGAUGGUUCAAUCAUAAGUUAUUUGUGCGACUUCUAACCAAGUUUGAGAAUGAUUCUUCAUUUCAUAAAUUAAAGAUGAUCUUUUCUGUA